AUGCCUCUCUACACAAUCGAACACUCCACUCCUCUCUCCAAACCCCAACGAGACGCCCUCGCCCAGUCCAUCACGCACAUCCACACCCGCAAGUUCACGACCCCCAGCCUCUUCGUCAACGUCCAGUUCGUAGACUCAGCUCACUAUUGUAACUAUAUCGCCGGGAAAGAGAGACCAAUAAACCGCAUCCUCGCACACGUCCGCUCCGGUGGGAACAGAACAACAUCCGAUUUCGAGGAUCUCGCACGGAAGAUUGAAUCCGCCUGGAACGACAUCGUGAAUGCCGGAUCCGUCAAACAUUUGGAUAAAGAAGAAAGAAAGGCGAGAGAGCUGAAUCGCGUGUUUAUCCUAGGUGCUAUCACUGCGGGGUUGGAGUGUGGGGUUUUGUUGCCGAGGGCCGGUGGCGAUUCGACCUGGUUGAAGGAUAAUAUGGCUGUGUUUGAGGGGCGCGCGAGGAAAGGGGAUGAGGACUUCAUCGAGUUGCUGGAAGAGAUGAAAAACAGGGAGGAUUUACAGUAA